CACGUUAUCGAUGGGAAAAUAAAAUUUUAGACAAUAUGAUUUGCCUGAGCCGGGAGGAGACACAGAGAGUAACAAGCGGUAGAAAAUGGAUGAAAAAGGACAGAUUUAAAAAUUAAAAAUUAAAAAUUCUUUAAAAAAAGAAAAAUGUUAUUUAUUUAUUUAUUUUUUUCGUUUGUUUUAACUUCGGAGUUCCUGCGGGCCGGAUUUUGGACGCUGGGGGCCGUAGUUUGGGGACCCCUGGUCUUAAUUGUAAGAGAAAAAUAGCAACAUUUGGUGGAUGUAAAAUCGGGAUGAAUAAGAAUCGCGAUUUGUAUGUGAACCGAUUUUUUUACUGUUAAUGUUGGAACUACGGUGGCUAAGAGUUGAAUGCAAUGAGCGUGGAUGGAUUCGGACAAGAAGAGGUUAAAUUUCCCCACUGGAAAAGAGCUCCGUGGAGGGGCAGGACUGAAGGAGGCGUGUGUGUGUGUGUGCGUGGGUGCGUGUGUGCGUGUGUGUGCAUGGCAGUAGGCGCGUCAUUCCUGCUUUUUCCCUGAAUGAAAAAGCAGCGAGUGGGAGCUCCUCUGCACGGCUUUCUACCACCGCCAAGCUUCUGAAGGUUCGGGAUGUAAAAAAAAAAAAAAAAGAAAGAAAGAAAGCAAAAAAGAAAAAGAAAAAGUGGGAUGGAAAAGUUGCUUUGAGAUUCUUCUUCUCGUCCGGACCAGACGCACACGGGACUUGCGCGCAAAGUUUCCCCAACUCCGGACUGGAAUAAUGUAACUCAGAGAGGAGGUUAUAUCUUUUUUUAAAAUUAUUAUUUGGACUGAAAGGAGCGAUUAAAGGCUGCGGGGAUGCUUCUGCUGAGUGGACACAACUCCAUUUUCUCCGUACGUUCCCGCACACUUUAGAGAGGAGAAGACAUGUGUUGUUGACUUUCUCUUCUUCCCACUGUGGACUCUGGAUGCUCCCCCCUCUGACAUGACGGCGUGGAUGCUUUUUUUGUGAAUAAUUUGGAUUACGAGAAGAAGAAGAAGAAGAAGAAGUGGUGGGGAGGAUUCUUAUUAAGCAAGACCUUGAAUGAUGUCUUCAACUUCUACUGGAUUUGUAUUGCUGUUGGGAAUUAUCCAUGUGUGCUCAGGAACCCGUCUGCGCCAAGAGGACACGCCGCCCCGGAUUGUGGAGCAUCCGUCCGACCUGAUCGUCUCCAAAGGCGAGCCGGCCACCCUCAACUGCAAGGCGGAGGGGCGUCCCACCCCCACCGUGGAGUGGUACAAGGAUGGCGAGCGGGUGGAGACGGACAGGGACAACCCACGGUCCCAGCGCAUGCUGCUGCCCAGCGGCUCGCUCUUCUUCCUGCGCAUCGUGCACGGGCGGCGGAGCAAACCCGACGAAGGCUCCUAUGUCUGCGUCGCCCGUAACUACCUUGGAGAGGCAGUGAGCCACAACGCCUCGCUGGAAGUAGCCAUUCUACGUGACGACUUCAGACAGAACCCCGCCGACGUCAUCGUGGCAGCAGGAGAGCCGGCGGUUCUGGAGUGUCAGCCCCCGCGUGGCCACCCCGAACCCACCAUCUCUUGGAAAAAAGACGGAACGAACAUCGACGAUCGAGAUGAACGAAUCACGAUUCGUGGAGGGAAGCUGAUGAUCACCAACGCGAGGAAGAGCGACGCCGGGAAGUACGUCUGCGUCGGGACAAACAUGGUCGGCGAACGGGAGAGCGAGAUAGCCGAACUUACAGUGCUCGAGCGUCCCAGCUUUGUGCGUCGGCCCAGUAGCCAGGUGGUGUUGGUGGACCAGAGCGUCGAGUUCAGAUGCGAGGCGCGUGGCGACCCGGUUCCGACGGUACGGUGGCGGAAAGACGACGGAGAACUUCCCAAAGGACGAUACGAGAUCCGGGAGGACCACACGUUGAAGAUACGUCGUUUGACCUCGGCGGACGUGGGUUCCUACACCUGCGUGGCGGAGAACAUGGUGGGAAAGGCGGAAGCGUCGGCCAGCCUCACCGUCCAUGUGCCGCCUGCAUUUGUGGUCAGACCAAGAAACCAGGUUGUCGGCGUCGGCAGGACGGUCACCUUCCAGUGUGAGGCCACCGGCAACCCACAACCGGCCAUUUUCUGGCAACGGGAAGGAAGCCAGAACCUGUUGUUCUCCUACCAACCGCCCCAACCUGCCAGCCGCUUCUCCGUGUCCCAGACGGGCGAUCUGACCAUCACGGACGCCGAGCGCUCCGACGUGGGCUACUACAGCUGCCAGGCCCUCAACAUCGCCGGCAGCGUCAUCACCAAGGCCCUGCUGGAGGUCACAGACGUCGUGUCAGACCGCCCACCUCCGGUUAUCCGCCAUGGCCCGACCAAUCAGACGGUGGCGGUAGACGGCACGGUGGUCCUCACCUGCCUGGCGUCGGGCAGCCCCACCAUCCUGUGGAGGAAGGACGGGGUGCUGGUGUCCACCCACGACUCUAGGGUCAAGCAGCUGGACACGGGCGCGCUGCAGAUACGCUACGCUAAGCUGAGUGACUCCGGGGCCUACACCUGUAUCGCCUCAACCCCUGGCGGGGAGGCCUCAUGGAAAGCCCAUUUAGAAGUCCAAGAGUUUGGAUUUCCAGUCCAACCAAACAGACCCACUGACCCAAACUUGAUACCGAGUGCCCCCUCCAGACCCGAGGUCACGGAUGUUACCCGGACUUCUGUCACGCUUACCUGGAAGCCUAACCUCAAUGCUGGAGCCACGCCCACCUCCUACGUCAUCGAAGCAUUCAGCCAUGCAUCAGGCAGCAGCUGGCAGACACUUGCAGAACACGUGAAAACAGAAUCUUUCGUACUGAAGGCCUUGAAGCCCAGUGCCGUCUACCUCUUCUUAGUGCGGGCAGCCAACGCCUAUGGACUCAGCGACCCCAGUCCCAUCACCGAUGCUGUAAAAACACAAGACAUCCCUCCAACCAGCCAGGGCGUGGACCACCGUCAGAUCCAGAGGGAGCUGGGGGAGGUUCUCAUCCACCUGCACAAUCCCACCAUCCUGUCCUCGUCUUCCGUCAGGGUGCAGUGGACGGUGGAGCAGCAGUCGCAGUACAUACAAGGCUACAAGGUGAUGUUCCGCCCUUCGCCAGAGGGUCAGCAGCGGAGCGACUGGGCCGUGUUCGAGGUGCGCACGCCCGGCGAGGACAGCGCCGUGGUGCCGCAGCUCCGCAAAGGCGUCACGUACGAGUUCAAAGUGCGGCCCUUCUUCAACGAGUUCCAGGGCACCGACAGCGAGGUCAAAAUCGGCAGAACCCUGGAGGAAGCCCCCAGCGCGCCGCCCCGGGAGGUUACAGUGGCAGAGAGCGGCGACAAUGGCACCACCAUCGUGGUCUCCUGGCAACCCCCCCCAGAGGAGGAGCAGAACGGCGUGGUCCAGGAGUACAAGGUUUGGUGCUUGGGGAACGAGAGCCGGUACCACGUCAACCGCACUGUGGACGGCGCCACCUUUUCCGUGCUCAUUCCCAGUCUGGCCCCCGGGAUCCGCUACAGCGUGGAGGUGGCGGCUAGCACGGGGGCAGGGCCAGGGGUCAAGAGCGACGUCACCUAUUUCCAACUUGACGCAUCGGGCCGCAUGACGGAGGCAGUGGGCGGCGAGAACCCUCUGUCCCAGCAGAUCUCCGACGUGGUGAAGCAGCCGGCCUUCAUUGCCGGCAUCGGGACCGCCUGUUGGAUCAUCCUCUUGGUCUUCAGCAUCUGGCUGUACCGGCACAGGAAGAAGAGGAGCGGCCUCUCCAGCAGCUACGCCGGCAUACACAAAGUGCCGUCUUUCACCUUCACACCAACAGUAGCUUACCAGAGAGGUGGAGAAGGAGUGAGCAGCGCUGGAAGGCCCGGCCUUCUCAACAUGGGGGAGUCGGCCACACAGCCCUGGCUGGCCGACACCUGGCCCAACUCGUGCUCCGACCACAACAACUGCAGCAUCAACUGCUGCGCCGCCGGCAACGGCAACAGCGACAGCAACCUGGCCACGUACAGCCGACCCGCCGACUGCAUCGCCAAUUAUAACAGCCAGAUGGAUAAUAAGCAGAGCGGCCUCUUGGUGCCCGAGCCGGGGGUCUACGGAGACGUGGACUUGUCCAACAAAAUCAACGAGAUGAAGACCUUCAACAGCCCCAACCUGAAAGACGGCCGCUUCGUGGGCGCGGGCGGGCAGCCCACGCCGUACGCCACCACGCAGCUCAUCCAGUCGUCCAUCAUGAGCAACAACAUGAACGCAGACCGAGGGACGUCCGGGAGCGGCGGAGGGGAGCUGAACGACAAACACUGCUGGAAGCCCGCCGGCCUCCAGAAGCAGGAAAUGGGCUCGCAGCUGCAGUACAGCAUCAUGGAGCAGAACAAGCUGAAUAAGGAUCGCUACAGAGGCGGCGACACUCCCACGCCAGCCACCAUCCCCUACAACCACAGCCACGACAGCCACACCGGGGGAUCCUACAACAGCUCGGACCGAGGCAGCAGCAGCACCUCUGGCAGUCAGGGUCAGAAGAAGGGAACACGCACCCCCAAACUACCAAAGCAGAGCACAAUGAAUUGGGCUGAUCUCCUGCCUCCCCCUCCUGCAAACCCGCCCCCAACCAGGAAUGCACAGGACUACUCCCUGUCAAUGGAAGAAAGCUGCGACCCAGACAUGCAGUGCUCCGUGCCCCCCUCGCACAUGUACCUGCAGCCCGAUGAGCUGGAGGAAGAAGAGGAGGAGAUGGAGCGCGGGCCCACGCCGCCCGUCCGGGGCACGGCCUCCUCCCCCGCCGCCGUGUCAUACAGCCACCAGUCCACCGCCACGCUCACUCCCUCGCCGCAGGAGGAGAUGACGCCCAUGCUGCAGGACAGCCACGAGCGCAGGCGCCAUGCAGUGAGCCCCCCGGCCCCGCCUCGUCCCCUCUCGCCCUCACACACCUACAGCUACAUCACCAGCCCCCUGGAUAUGGACGGCAUGGAGGAAGAAGACGAGAUGCUGGAGGAAGACGAGGAUGAGGAGGGGGACCACACGGAUGCGGAGGUGGCCAAGAUGCACUACCACCACACCCACCCGCACCACCCCCAGCAGCAGAUGCAUCCGCGGCGGCUGCUGCUUCGAGGGAUCGAACAGACGCCGGCGUCCAGCAUGGGCGACCUGGAGAGCUCGGUGACGGGAUCCAUGAUCAACGGCUGGGGGUCCGCCUCCGAGGAGGAUAAUGUCUCCUCGGGGAGGUCCAGCGCCGUCAGCUCGUCGGACGGAUCCUUCUUCACCGAUGCCGACUUCGCUCAGGCGGUUGCGGCGGCUGCCGAGUAUUCGGGGCUACGAGUGGCCAAACAUCCCAACAUGCAAAGCCAGGAAGGGGCAGCUCUUUUGGCACGUAAAUACCAAAUGAACCCAGCAGGCCACCGUCCCGCCAGCCCGGUGUCCACAGACAGCAACAUGAGCAUGGCGGCGGUGCACAGGAGGCCUCCAAAGAAGCAGAAACAACAUCCAGCAGGGAACCACAGACGUGAAGCCUACAACGAAGAUCUCCCACCGCCACCCAUCCCGCCCCCAGCGGUGCUGAAGUCCCCCACACACCCCUCCAAGGUGGGCCUCGAGGGUCGAGGAGUGGUCUCCCCGAAAGGAGGUAGACCAGGAGGAGGAGGAGCAGCGGGAAGUUACAGGCCGAAAGAAGGCUCGGACCCCAGAGCCAGCUCGUCAGAACGCAAGGAGGUCCAGGAGAGACAAAAAGCUCACGGGGCAAAAGGGAGCAAACAUGAUGGCAGUGCCGGACAUAAGAGCCGCCAACAAGCAGGUCCAGAGGACAUUCUGCCCUACAGCCGACCACAGUUCCCAGUGGUCAACAGCACCAGAGACCCCAGCUCGUCCAGCUCCAUGUCCUCCAGGGGCUCGGGGGGCCGGCGGAGAGGCGAGGCGGCCCACAGGAACCCUGCAGACGUCAGCCUCGGCACCACGGGGGCCUUCCACACAGGAAACGAAGAUCUUGAGAUGGUAGAAAGCUGAAGACAAGGAAGAUGUGUUUUGUUGUUUUUCCAAUAUGUCAGUAUUCCACCACCAUGUCAGCUGCCGUCAAUACUGUACAUCCCUCGUCACCGUUUUCCUAAUUUAUCACUUUCUGAGGCGCGCUCGAGGAGGCCAAACACGAAGGAGGAACGUGGUGCGUUCAAGUACACCCCCAGGGUAUUUAUGUUGAAUUCCAAUGCAAUAUGGAGCGUAAUCUUGACAUGUUACUGUAAGAAAGAAGCAGAGAGGGCUGGACUUGUGUGUGUAAAUAAAGGUGUAGUACAUGACGUCCCACAGUGCUACCUCCAAUUUGUCUAAUUUUAUUACGCCAGUAAAUAUAAAUAUUUUAUCAUUUCCAUCCAUGUUGUAAAUUGCAAUAUUAUUUAGCGACCCUGCCCAAGAGCGUACCACUGUGGGAUGAUUUUUUUUUUUUUUUUUGUAAUGCACUGUUAUGUUCCGUGUCGUCGAUGUUUGCUUUUUUUUUGUUUUACUUUGGUUUUAAAAGCACAA